CCAGUUCUGCUAUGUUCUUUUCACUGCUGUUCCAAACUUUAUAUAUGACUAAGCAUUUCCAUCACUUUCAGCUUCUGGCUUCAUCACCUGCUGUAGUGCCUCUAUGCCUUCAGUAUGGUCCAGAGGAACCUAACUCUUCCUGGCAGUGGCUUGAACACUGGACAAGGUCACAUUUUUGGGAAUCCCCUUCACAACCAAUUAGGAGUCUAGUGGUGAAGUCUCAGACAAAGGGUGUUGAAAAUAGGCAAGGAAAGACAAAGCAAGGUGUUCGGAAACUAUCCAGUGCAAGAGUUGAAAAUGGAUCUAGUCGUUCUUCUUCGGAGUAUGAUAAACCCAAACGUGUUCUUAGGGGAGUUUCUGGAAACUCAGCAGCAGAUUCAGUUCGGGGGCAUCCGCAAACUGAGCUUGAGAAGGUUAAGCGCAAUUUAAGAAAACUUUCUAACUCUGCAAAGGACGCUUCUGAUAAGUCUGAGGUUCUUAAUGAGAAAACAAAGCAGACUCUGAAAAAAACUUUUAGUUCUGAUGCUCCUGAUGUUUCAGAAAGGGAAUCUGCUGAGAAGAUGAGAGAUGUGACUACAGCCCUGUCAAAACCAUCAAAUCUUGAGGCAGACCUGAAAUUUUCCUCAGAAGAUGCUUCUCAUGAUGAGCCUAAUGUCAGUCCUGCAGUUGACUUGCCACAUGCUGAAAACAGUGAUAAAAUUGAGGACAUGCCAGUAACAGAGGAGUUAAGCUCUAAGGAUGAGCAGGUCAGCGAUGAGAACUCAAAACCAAACCGAAUAAGAGCUUCUUUCCCUGCAAAAAUUGAUAAUCAAGAAAUUGGGUUAAAUAACAUGCCAAAAGUGCCCAGUUAUAUGGCACCAACUGAAUCUGCAAAAGCUAGACUUAGGGGUCAAGGCUCCCCAUGGUUUACCCAUGAGGUGGUCGAGAAAAAUGGGUUAAACAGGCGAUAUUCUCUUCCAUCUUCAACCAAUAGCAAUAUAAGUACACUGUCACCACGUGCUCAAAGACUGGUUCAAGUAGCUGGCAAAGGAGCUAUCCACAGCGACAAAUCUAGAGAUGCUAGUGAUAAGGUGGUCAGACCUGAGUGGAGGAGGUAAUUUUUGCAAAAGGAAACGUUCAUUGAAGUUCUCAUAUAGUUCAAGCAGAGAUGCAACUUAAUACAAAUUUCGUUAUAUGUUGUCACUUCUGAUGUGUGGUUGUAAAACCAUGACAAUUAAUCAUCUAAUCUUUGUA